AUGGAUAUUUCAACCACUUUCAAAGAUGCUGUAUAUAGAAAUAAGCGUAUUUUGACAUCUGACAAACUCUAUGGUCUUGUUGUCGAAAAUACCGAUGAUGAAAUAAAGGUAAAUUCAAAAAUGGUUGAUUUUUCAUAUUUGCAAAAUUAACGUUUUUCAGAUUUGUCAUGGCAAAACUCUUUACAAUUUGAGUCGAAGAUUGCCUUUUCCUCAAGGUUCCUGGAUCUCGUUUAAACAUGACAUAAAUGGAUUGGUUCAGGAAGUAAACGAAGAAAAAAAUCAAGAAAAAUUUCCUCAAGCUCAUGUACAUAAAAAUAUAGUGACUGUAAUGUCACAAGCCGCCGCGCCAAAUUCAAAUUGUCAUUUGAAUUUGCUCGCACAAGAUUGGAAAUUUUUAGCGUGGUCAACGGAAUGGGAUGUGAGUUUUUUGUUAGGCUAUUUUUUGUAUAUGGAAAACCCCGAAUUUCAGGUGAUUGGAGAUCCUCAUCUACUUUUCAAUCGCUUUUCGAAGGAUAAAAUAUUCAAUGUUCGCCUCAUUUUCAACCGUGGAAGACAACCAGUUCACCCACAAACAGAUUAUUUAUGGGAAGUUGUCGAAAUUUUCAAUUGUUUUGAUAGCAAUUCACAUUUUCAAAUGCUCCGUGCUCCAUGGAAUAUCGGUACUCAAAAUCUGAAAGUCGAAAAAGAAAACAAUCAACCAAAAAUCGGAUUUGUCCAUAGAGUGAAAGUUGUAGAAGAAAACACUUGUCAUUUUGUGACAACUCAAGAUGGAAAAAGUAUACCAAUUUUAGCAAAUUCAGCUGGUGUCAAAAUUGGACAAUGGAUUGAAUAUCACAAAACAAUUCAACUUGGUAUGAAAUCAGAUCGAGCAUUUGCUAAAAAAGUAUUGGAAAUUCAUCAAAGAGGACAAAUCGAAAUUGAAAAAUUCGAAACGACGACUGAAGAAAUAUUUGAAAUCGAAUUCGAAUUCAAUCUAAAUUCAGAAAAUAACUAUGAUUUAUUGAAAUUCGAUGAAUUUUAUAUUAAAGAUGCGUCAGUCAACAAGAUUCACAUCUCAAAAACCGAUCUAAAUUCUUCACUUCUACGGCUUAAAUCUCAUCAAAAGGGUGUGGAUUUUCUUCAAAAAACUGAUGUACUUUUAUGUUUAGCGAGAUAUGUAUGGUUGAGUGAAGAAGGAAUUAUGUGUUGGAAAUUUUGGAAUGUUUUAAGUAUUUCCAGAAUAUAA